CCCGGACCCCGCAUUCGCUGUAUCCGCUCUCCCCGGACCCCGCAUUCCCUAUAUCCGCUCUCCCCGGACCCCGCAUUCCCUAUAUCCGCUCUCCCCGGACCCCGCAUUCGCUUUAUCCGCUCUCCCCGGACCCCACAUUCGCUAUAUCCGCUCUCCCCGGACCCCACAUUCGCUAUAUCCGCUCUCCCCCGGACCCCGCAUUCGCUAUAUCCGCUCACUUCCCCGGACCCCGCAUUCCCUAUAUCCGCUCACCCCGGACCCUGCAUUCACUAUAUCUGGUCUCCCACAGUACACAGAACAUGGAAAAAUAAUUAUUUUAGUCAUUAUAAACUGCUA